AAAUGAUAUCGGUCAGGCGGGGGCGGGACCGACGUUGAGAGGUAGUGAUGGCGGUGACAAACACCGGCGGUUGAACAAUUUUGACUUGACUUGUCCUAGAUUAUAAUGAGCCGUCCGAUUUAAAGACUUAAAGAGACGAGCCGGGUAGCACAAAUUUUAAACAUGUCGAUGCAUUUGUAUCAUAUGAGCACCAAGCUACUCGGGGACACUGUGGGAAAGAUGAACGACAACCUAACUUCUUUGGUCCUGGCCGCUUCUUUCGUCACGCUCACUUUCGGCUAUUUUUACGGCAAAAUACAACACAAACAGACUUCUGACAAGAAUGUGAAAUAUCCACCUUACAUCCCUUCCAGUGUCCCCUUCCUUGGUCAUGCUGUUGCAUUUGGCAAAAGUCCCAUUGACUUUUUAGAAAAAGCGUAUGAAAAAUACGGACCGGUGUUCAGCUUCACCAUGGUGGGAAAAACCUUCACAUACCUUCUGGGAAGCGACGCCGCCACGCUGCUCUUCAACAGCAAAAACGAGGACCUGAACGCCGAGGACGUCUACUCCCGACUCACCACGCCGGUCUUCGGCAAAGGAGUCGCCUACGACGUCCCCAACCCGAUCUUCCUGGAACAAAAGAAGAUGCUAAAAACGGGCUUGAACAUGGCUCGCUUCAAGGAACACGUCAAGAUCAUCGAGGCCGAGACCGUCGCGUAUUUUCAGAGAUGGGGAGACGGUGGCCAGAGAGACCUGUUCGAGGCACUGUCCGAGCUCAUCAUCCUGACGGCCAGCAACUGCCUGCACGGCAAGGAGAUUCGGGGCCUGCUGGACGAGCACGUCGCUCAGCUCUACGCCGACCUGGAUGGAGGUUUCAGUCACGCCGCCUGGCUCCUGCCCGGAUGGCUGCCGCUACCCAGCUUCAGGAAGCGGGACAAAGCUCACCGAGAAAUCAAGAACAUCUUCUACAAGGUGAUCCAGAAGCGAAGAAGCUCCGGGGAGAAAAGUGACGACAUUCUGCAGACGCUCGUGGACUCUACCUACAAGGACGGACGGCCGCUGUCGGACGACGAAAUCGCCGGCAUGCUGAUCGGCCUCCUGCUGGCCGGCCAACACACGUCGUCCACCACCAGCGCCUGGUUGGGUUUUUUCCUGGCCCGCGACAAAGCCACGCAGGAGCGCUGCUACGCCGAGCAGAAAGCGGUGUGCGGCGACGACCUGCCGCCCCUGCAACUGGAUCAGCUGAAGGACCUCGGCCUGUUGGAGCGAUGUUUGAAAGAGACUCUGAGGCUCCGCCCACCCAUCAUGACCAUGAUGAGGAUGGCUCGCUCUACUCAGACGGCGUCGGGCUUCACCAUCCCCGCGGGCCACCAAGUGUGCGUCUCCCCGACCGUCAACCAGCGGCUGCAAGACACGUGGCGCGAGAGGACGCGCUUCGACCCCGAGCGCUACCUGCGCGACAACCCCGCCGCCGGCGAGAAGUUCGCCUACGUGCCCUUUGGAGCAGGGCGACAUCGCUGCAUCGGUGAGAACUUUGCCUACGUGCAGAUCAAGACCAUCUGGUCCACGUUGCUGCGCCUGUACGACUUCGACCUGGCGGACGGCUACUUCCCCACCAUUAACUACACCACCAUGAUACACACCCCCCGCAACCCCGUCAUCGCAUAUAGGAGGAGGAAACACUGAAGACGGGGACGUGAACACCAAUUUCACAUUUAAUAAUGAUAAUUUAAAAAAAAAAAAAAAAAACAGAUCACCAAUUCAGCAUCAACGUGCUGGGAUGUUGAUAUAAGGCCUUGCAA